ACAAGGUAACACAUCCAUUAUAACAGUAGGACAAGGUAACACAUCCAUUAUAACAGGUUAAAAUAAAAUCAGUGGAAAAACAAUUCCACUCCGAUUCCCUUCAAGGAUGGGUGUAUCUUUGAAAUCGCUGUUGAAUGGCCUGCUCCUUCUCCAUUUUUCGGGAACACUAUCCCGCGCCCCCAAAGUGAUAGAUAGUAUAUCUUGUCUUGCACUAGGAUGAUUGUAAUUCUGAGCUGUCAGGUUCAUACAGCGAGUGAUCUCACUCUCCGUCAGCUCCAUCUAUGGCGGAUAUGGGCAGGACUCCGGAUAUGGGCGGGACUCCGGAUAUGGGCAGGACUCCGGAUAUGGGCGGGACUCCGGAUAUGGGCGGUACUCCAGAUAUGGGCGGGACUCCGGAUAUGGGCGGGACUCCGGAUAUGGGCGGUACUCCGAAUAUGGGCGGGACUCCGGAUAUGGGCGGUACUCCGGAUAUGGGCGGGACUCCGGAUAUGGGCGGGACUCCAGAUAUGGGCGGGACUCCGGAUAUGGGCGGGACUCCGGAUAUGGGCGGGACUCCGAAUAUGGGCGGUACUCCGGAUAUGGGCGGUACUCCGGAUAUGGACAGGACUCCGGAUAUGGGCGGUACUCCGGAUAUGGGCGGGACUCCGGAUAUGGGCGGUACUCCGGAUAUGGGCGGGGCUCCGGAUAUGGGCGGUACUCCGGAUGGGCGGUACUCCGGAUAUGGGCGGGACUCCGGAUAUGGGCAGGACUCCGGAUAUGGGCGGUACUCCGGAUAUGGGCGGGACUCCAGAUAUGGGCGGGACUCCGGAUAUGGGCGGGGCUCCGGAUAUGGGCGGUACUCCGGAUGGGCGGUACUCCGGAUGGGCGGUACUCCGGAUAUGGGCGGGACUCCGGAUAUGGGCGGGGCCCUGAGCUCUUUAGUGAUGGUCCCGAUGAACCUCUUCUCCACCGCAGCACAGGAACACUGGCUCCUAAGCGGUCUGUUUGGCCUGCUGUACAAACAUUCUUUCCUGUUGGUAGAAAACAAUUAA